AGUGCAUCAGGAGAUUUAAUGAUCAGAAACAUCCAGCUGAAACAUAGUGGAAAAUAUGUUUGUAUGGUGAAGACAGAAGUGGAUAGCGUAGCAUCUGCAGCAGACCUUAUCGUACGAGGCUCACCUGGGCCCCCUGAACACGUGAAAGUGGAUGAAAUAACUGAUACCACGGCUCAGAUCUCCUGGCAAGAAGGCACAGAUAAUCACAGCCCAGUAACCACUUACACCAUACAAGCAAGGACACCUUUCUCAGUUGGCUGGCAGCGAGUUACAACAGUUCCAGAUGUGAUCGAUGGAAAAACGUUCACAACCACGGUAGUGGAUUUAAAUCCUUGGGUUGAAUAUGAAUUUCGCGUAGUUGCCAGUAACAAAAUAGGAGGUGGAGAACCUAGUUUACCCUCAGAAAAAGUAAGAACUGAAGAGGCAGUUCCUGAAAUUCCCCCAUCUGAAGUCAGUGGGGGAGGAGGCAGCAGGUCUGAACUGGUCAUAACAUGGGAUCCCAUCCCUGAAGAAUUACAAAAUGGAGAAGGAUUUGGCUAUGUUGUUGCUUUCCGCCCCUUUGGCACCACAACAUGGAUACAGACUGUUGUCACCUCUCCCGAUACACCCAGAUACGUCUUUAGGAAUGAAAGCAUCUUGCCCUUUUCGCCAUAUGAAGUCAAAGUUGGUGUCUAUAACAAUAAAGGAGAAGGGCCCUUUAGUUCAGUAACCACAGUUUUUUCAGCUGAAGAAGAGCCCAGCAUAGCACCCUCCGGAGUAUCUGCGACGAGUCUGUCGUCCUCAGUCAUCGAGGUCUCCUGGAAGGCCAUUCCCUGGAAGAUGAGCAGCGGACGGUUGCUGGGCUACGAGGUUAGGUACUGGAAUAAUGGUGGAAAAGAAGAAUCUUCAAAUAGAGUGAAAGCUGCAGGGAAUGAGACAUCAAUAAGAAUAACAGGUUUGAAGAGCAACUUAGCAUACUACACAGCUGUCCGUGCUUACAACAGUGCUGGAGCAGGUCCCUUUAGUGCCACAGUAAAUGCUACCACAAAAAAGACACCACCCAGUCAACCACCAGGAAAUGUUGUGUGGAAUGUCACUGACUCCAGAGUAAUCCUCAGCUGGGAGGAAGUAAGGGCUAUGGAGAACGAGUCCGAGGUGACUGGCUAUAAGGUUUUGUACAGGACCAGCAGUCAGACCAGUGCCAACGUGCUGAGCACAGACAAGACCACAGCUGAACUUCUGCUCCAGUUUAACGAGGAUUACAUUAUAGAAGUAAAAGCAACAACUGAUGGCGGAGAUGGCACUAGCAGUGAUCAGAUCCUGAUUCCCAGACUAGCCAGUAUGGAUGCAAGAGGUUCUGGUCCAUCAGCCUUGAACAUCUUCAGUGUAUCCAGUUUCUUACCAACAAUAUUUUCCUUGACUUUUAAUUCAGUGUUGUGA